AGAACCUCCACCUCCAUCUACUCUUCAGUCAGCCACGCCACAGUCCCCCAAGGCGACACUGAUCGAUCGAUCCAGCGACUAGGGCCAUGGCGGCCGCGGGGUGGUUUCUAGCCGCCGGAGCCAUCGUCAUGGCCACCCUGCUGUCAGGCUGCGCCCUGACGGCCCCCGCGGCCGGCAUGCCCACGCCCACGCCGCCGUCGUCCUCCUCGCUGGAUUGCGGCACGCUGACGUCGCUGCUGACGGGCUGCGCGGCUUUCGUCACGCGCGGCACGAGCGCGGCGCCCCUGCCGGCCCCGGGCACGCCGUGCUGCGAGGGGGUGGACGGCCUGUACGCCGUCGCGGCGGACUCGCCGGACAACUGGCGGUCGGUGUGCCGCUGCAUGGCGGGGCUCGUCAGGCGGUACUGGUCCAACGCGUCCGCCAUCGCGCUGCUGCCGGGGCUCUGCGGCGUCUCGCCGGUGUCCACCGCUCACGCGUUCACCUACUGCACAAGCAUCCCCUGACGGUUCUCAGCCUCGGCAAGGCGACCGACAAUUUUAAGAGCAUGCAGCUUGUUUCAGUUUGAAGUUAUCAAUUUUGUUCUUUGCUAGUAGUAGAGUAAUAGUGAUCUUGCUUUGCUACCGGCCUGUUCAAUUGGGUGUUGCUCUUGUUGUUAGGAAUAAUAAUCUUCGGUUGUAAUGAGUUAAGAAUCUAUGUGAUAUAAGUAGAGUCCAGUAGUAGCAGGAGCUGGCUUGCACUCC